AUGGCUACAUCAGUUCAAAAACCGCGACAAAGGAGAUACAGACAACUCACAAUUCGAUCCUUUCGAGCCUGCGUGACAUGUCAUUUGAGAAAGGUUCGAUGUGAUGCUCUGAGCAAGGGGAUUCCCUGCACCAAUUGCGCUGCAUUUAAUGUCAAGUGUCAAGUUCCAGGCAUAGAGGAACCCCUCUUGAGCACUCUGAUAAGCCGUGCAAAAAUAGGGGACAAGACCACUAGCGCACAGAGAGAUCCCUCAAUCGCCCGCAUUAGUACGCCAGCCUCAAGUACUCAGGCGUAUCAAACAAGUCCUCAACAAGAUGGAGUUGCGUCACUAACCAAAUUGAAUGUUCUGCCUAUCACAUCGGCAGGCCAUGUUCUUUACCUUGGCGAAUCCGCAGGCUUUGACCUCCUCCUUCGUGGAAGCCAAAGCCCCGUACAUUUCCCCAUGCCUCAGGAUACACAUGCGCUGUCAAUACCUGCGGGACUAGACCCUCUCGAGAUACAGAUCUUGAAGCGCAGAGGGGCCUUUGUACUACCUCCGAAAGCGCUUUGCGACGACUUGAUAGAGACAUUCUUUUCUUGGGUACACCCGAUUGUACCCGUCAUCAAUCGUACAAAAUUCAUGUCGCAAUAUCAAGAUGCCAGAGAUCCUCCCUCAAUGCUCCUCCUCCAGUGUAUCUUACUGGCGGGUGCCCGAAUUAGCACAAACCCGCAGUUGAAAGUUGAUGGCUCAACUUCAACUGCCGUUGCAACAUUUUAUCGUCGCGCAAAAGCCCUUUAUGAUGCCGACUAUGAGCGCGAUCGAAUAACAUUGGUCCAAUCAAUGCUCUUGAUGGGGUGGUACUGGGCUGGCCCUGAUGACAUAUCAAAGAACAUGUUUUAUUGGAGUCAAUCCGCGAUCACUGUUGCCCAGAAUUUCGGUCUACAUCGCAGCAUGGAAAGUUCGAGACUGUCAAUAAGUGAAAAGAGGCUGCGUAGGCGGAUUUGGUGGACGCUGUUUACUCGAGAUCGCGCUUUGGCUGUUGCCCUGGGACAAUCAAUAUCCAUCAACCUCGAUGAUUGCGAUGUCGAUAUGAUAACCGACGAUGAUUUCAUCGAGCAUGAUGGGAAUGAUAUCGACGAAUACCCGCCCGAUCCUGUUCACGUGGAAUUCUUCGUCCACGCUCGUUGUCUGCUGCAUCGCGCAAGCUCCCCUCGGAACAGAAGGACUUUGCAAGACACAAAACAAUCUUAUGGAUCACCAGAUGGAACUGUUCGCGCGGCCAACAUGAUAACCUCGAUUAUCGAAGCCCUCAGCGACAAACAACAACUACGUCGCUGUCCUCCAUUUAUCGUCCACAGCCUCUUUUCAGCAAUUGUUAUACACUUACACGUGUCAAACACGCCAUCUCCGUCUAUCAGUAGACUCGCCAACCGACGACUCAGCACCUGCUUGGGAGCCAUCAAAGAUCUGGCACAAGUUUGGGUGGUGGGAAGAACAGUGCUGACAAUGAUUGAAAAGAUCUCAGGUCUCAGCAGAGAGGAGAAGCCGUCACGAUAUAGCAAUGGCUCCGCUCUGAAGGGCGAAGUCUUUAUCGACCUUGGAUGUGCCGACGCUUCAGGUCCCGCUUACAGCCCCAGCAAUGGAAACCCGCUUACAGAAGCCAGAGAUAACACUCAAACACCCCAAGAUCUUCCAAAUUGUGACGAAACACUGCCUUAUUGCGAAGCACAUACUCCGGUAGUCAUAGGCUUCCCUGAAGGGCAUCCUAAUGUGCACGAAUAUCCUCCACCUCCCGACCUCGGUGAUCCCCAACCGAAAAUUGGUUAUAGUAGCCUACUAUCCGAUGGAACUUUUCUCUCGGGAUUCGUGCCUGACACAUUCUAUGUUGAGAACACGGCCCAAAUCUGCAACGCAAUGACAGACAUGACAGCACUUACAUGGGAUCAGUUUCAGAUAGGCUGUCAACAAGAUUACAGUAUUUCAGUGCCUUGGAGUCUGGAGCUUGACUUUCAAGGCCUAAUACCGCCAACGAUGGGUACAGUUUAUCCAGAGUCAGGAUUCUCUAUAGAAGCUAGUAGUUAA